GAGAAAGGGAAGCGUAGAGUUCCAGCAAGAAGGCCAGCGACUCUUGCUUGGGAAUCUGGCGAAUGACAGAUUAGAGUCGAACCCGUUGAGACUCCGUGGUGGAGGUUUCCUCGGAGGCGUUGUGGAGCUAGAUUUGAAGAAGAACCAAAUCGACCAACAUGGCGAAGGGGAAGAAGCCGAAAGGCAAAGUUAAAAAAGGCAAAGAAAAGAAGCUAACAAGGAAGGAGGAAUCGGACAUAGAGAGAGCCAGGGCUAAUGCUGCUCUUUGGGAGGCCAGAUUGGAAGUCUCAGAGAUAUCCCGGGAUGGAUAUCGCGAGGCUGUGCGGAGAUUGGCACAGUGCAAUGAGGACUUGAAGAGGCAACAGUACAGAAUGGAGAAGGAUAUAAUGUCUGUGCUAAGUUAUGUAAAGAAGCAGGAUGCAGAAAAAGACAUUUUGAUUGAAAACCUGAAACGACAGUUAUUGGAAGCAAAGAACAAAUCUGACAUUGAUAAGGAAGUUUUGCAAGAACGCUACUGUACCAGAAUUAUUGAGUUGGAGGGGGAAUUCAGUCAAAAAAACAAAGAAAUUGGCUUAAUUCAGAUAGAACUGAAAACAAUAAAGCAGUUCCAAAAGAGAAAAGCUCAGAUAGAAAAAGAAUUAGAAGAGCUUAGGAAAUCACUAAUAUAUAAUUAUAAAAAUCAUCAAUAAAACUUAAAAAAAAUUGAAAGUUUUGAUGAAGAGCACUGGAGGAAGAAUAUAGUUCAGUUGAACAAUGCUGGGAGAGCUGUAUUUAAAGAAAAUGUUCAGCUUCAGAAGGCUCUUGCAUUCCAUGUGAAGGAAGCCCAGGAACUACAGUCAAACUCAGAAAAGCUGCAAGAAAAUCAAACUUUGCUCCUACAACAGAAGGAAACAAAUGAGCUUUUGAUUAAGGAAAAGAUUAUCCAAAUUACUCAACAUAGAUCCCAGAUUCAGUGUCUUCAGAAGAAAGUAGAAAAACUGGAGAAAAUUUUGGGUUACAUGACUUCAGAGUUCGAGACUGAAAUUAAAAAAAUCCAGCGUCAAGCACUUAUUGAGACCCAGGCAGGCAAAGUGGAAAUUAACAAACUGGAACAAAUCCUUGAGAUGAAGGACAGGGAGAUGAAUCGUGUGAAGAAGCUGGCCAAGAAUAUCCUGGAUGAGCGAACAGAAGUGGAGAGAUUCUUCCUUGAUGCUCUGUGCCAAGUGAAGCGACAAAUCUGUCUUAGCAGGAAGGAUUAUAAGCAGAUGGCACAAGCAGCAUUUAAUAUGAAAAUGAGAGAUGCUUUCGCAGGAAAAUCCGGGUAUCCCAGAAUCCGGACAUUUGAUGGCAAAGUCCACAGCACCAAUAGUGUAAACCAGGAUCUUAGGGAGGCAGAGAAAUGGACAGACAUUAAAUCAGGAAUGGAUGUGGAUAUUGGAGACUUGACAUGGGAACAGAAGGAAAAAGUUUUGAGAUUACUUUUUGCAAAAAUGAAUGGUAAACUCCCAAAGAAAUGCAAACCAACGUCUAUCCCUCCAGUUCCAGAAUAUGUUUCUCUCACCUGUAAAGACAAAGACACUUUGGGGGAUGAAACUACUGUCCAGGAUCAGACCUUCAUUACCCAGCAAGUUCCACUCACACAAUCUAGUACAACUGUCCUUCCUGAUAUUCAAAAAGGACCAGAUAGGGAUUCAUAGUAAGGUGUUUGCAAUCUGAUCAAUUUCAUAUCCUUUUAACCUUUCCCAGUGGAGGUACUCACUAACAUACAUUUCUCUUUUCUUCUGGACAGGGCUUUCUUAUGGAUCUGUGCUGAGAAAUAAUAGCACAAUUAUGGGAGCAGGGAAAUUUUUUAAAAGUAUGGCCACACUGAAAAAGGAACAUUGUAUUGGACAUCAGAUAAGUUAUACCUCUGUAGUGUGACAUGCAGUUUUGGUGUGGCUGUUCAUUUUAAAAGACAGACUCACACAUCCUUAUGUGCUAGUAAAUAUAAACUGUGGUUGGUUCAUUUAGUGGAAUCUCAAGAGUCCCUGUGACUAUUUAAUUCCACAUAGAAUUUAUAUAUGACUAGUAUUACCCAGAGUUUGAGUUGUUGCAAUGAAAUAUGUGAGCAUGUUACAUGCAUGGAUAUACAUUCAUACAUAUUAUGGAUUCUUACAUACAUACAUGGAUUUACUUAUAUUGCCAACUCAAACUACAUGAUUUUGAAAGAGGAUAAAACAAGAGCCUCUCUGCUUUUCCAAAAAUAUAGAUCUUCUUCACCCUAGUUAAAAACAGCACUUCAGAAGAGAUGUUCCUAUUGUGCCAUAAUGUGUUUGGAGAAAUUAAGGCUCCAAAUGUUUUAAAGUGAUCUUAUCUGGGUCUAACAUUCCAUUCAAUAGGGUCAGCAAUAAUCUACUUAAUUCAUAAUGUGAGGCGUUUUAAAAUAACUAAAAAUCUUUAAUUCACUAAAUACUCCAGUGAGUUAGGUCAAGACAACUUUACUGGAGACAAAGACAAAUAAGUUUCUCAUAUUUAAAAA